GCCGCCGCGCCGCUGUCGCUCUCCGACGCCAGCGCCGCCUCCAGCUCGCCGAGCUCCAGCCGAAGGAGAAGGGGGGUAAGUAAGGAGGUCUCUAUACCAUGGCUCGUACAAAGCAGACUGCCCGCAAAUCGACCGGUAGUAAAGCCCUGAGGAAGCAGCUGGCUACAAAAGCCGCUCACAAGAGUGCGCCCUCUACUGGAGGGGUGAAGAAACCUCAUCGUUACAGGCCUGGUACUGUGGCACUCCGUGAAAUUAGACGUUAUCAGAAGUCCACUGAACUUCUGAUUUGCAAACUUCCCUUCCAGCGUCUGGUGCGAGAAAUUGCUCAGGACUUCAAAACAGAUCUGCGCUUCCAGAGCGCAGCUAUUGGUGCUUUGCAGGAGGCAAGUGAGGCCUAUCUGGUUGGCCUUUUUGAAGACACCAACCUGUGUGCUAUCCAUGCCAAACGUGUAACGAUUAUGCCAAAAGACAUCCAGCUAGCACGCCGCAUACGUGGAGAACGUGCUUAAGAGUCCACUAUGAGGGGAAACAUUUCAUUCUUUAAAAAAAAAAAAAUCUCUUCUUCCUGUUAUUGGUAGUUCUGAACGUUAGAUAUUUUUUUUCCAUGGGGUCAAAAGGUACCUAAGUAUAUGAUUGCAAGUGGAAAAAUAGGGGACAGAAAUCAGGUAUUGGCUGUUUUUCCAUUUUCAUUUGUGUGUGAAUUUUUAAUAUAAAUGCGGGGACAUAAAGCAUUAAUGCAAGUCAAAGUGUUUCAGUGAACAAGUUCCAGCAGUUCAACU